GUCAAUUCAUCUACAUCCAAUCACUAAAUUCGAAAAAUUACAUAAUUAAUUUCAAAUAAAAAAAGAUAUUCUUUUUAUUUCCAAUCACAUUCAUAGCUGGCAAUUGGCCAAGGGGAACAACUCAAAACGCAAUCAAGAUUGCUGUUGUCACUAAAUCAAUGCUAUUGUUAUUCAUUUAAAAUCAAAAAAAUUAUAUCAGACGCCAUAAUGAAGUUUGAUUACUCACAAUUUUUUCGCGAAGAAGAAGACCAUAAUGAUGAGCUGUUAGAACAGCAAUAUCAAGAAUUUUUCGAAGUAAUACGCAUCUAUUUGAUUAUUGUUUUAAUAUUGGCAGUGCUUUGUUUCAUAUCCAAUGCCAUCAUAUCGAAAUAUCGCAAUAGGGAUCUAAAUUCCGAGGUUCCAUCAACUCGACAAGAUCGACUUACAUAUCACGUAGCUGUCAAAUUGUGCGUGUUUGGUCUGGCUAUAGCCUUGGCCAUUGGUCUGUUAUUACCGAUGACCAUCAUUUCAAACGAAAUCAUCCUAAUUUAUCCAGAAGAUCAAUAUCCAGAAUUAAGAUGGCUAAAUGAUAAGCUAAUCAAGCAACUAUGGCAUUGUAUAUUCAUCUUUUCAAAUUUGUGCUUCAUUUUGAUUCCGUUUUCAUAUUUCUUUGCCGAAUCUACUGGAUUUUCACGAUCAACCGACAAUUUUUUUUCGCGAAUUUUGCAAGCUUUUUUGGAGACAACCUUAACGUUGACCAUAUUGUCAUCUUGUAUAUUCAUUGGUUUAUCAUCAAUAUUUCCCAUUCUGCAACCAAAUUUCUUACAGCUAAUCACAUUUUGGUUAAAUUUUCCAUUCCUUUAUUCAUGUAUAUCGUUUGCCGGAGCCAUUUUACUACUGGUCUGUACGCCAAAAGGUAUUUUAAAUCUGGUUAUUUUGCUAGACGAAUACAUGACACGUCCGUAUUCGGUGAAUUCAACGGCGGAAAAAUACGAUCGAAUCCUUAUUAAAGAAACUGUCUUGCUCAGCCGUCAACAAUUGCUCAUCCGAUAUCGAAAUAAAUAUGGCGAUAAUGCAUCUAAAGUUUUCUCAAUUGAUCUCCUUCCCAUCACCAAAGAUUCGACAUUAACUGAUAUCAAAUCUUUAUCACCAGAAUUGUUGGUCGAUACCAUUGAAAAACAUGAAAAUCAACGGCAAAAAUUGUCAAUGAAAUUGUCUGUUUCAUGGAUUCGUUCGAAAAUACCUUGGUUAAUGUAUCCACUUGCGAUGGCAUUAUUGAUUGUUACUACGGCAUUUUCCUGUGCUAUUGUUUUGAUAAAUUUGUUGGUGACAUUGUUUAAUUUUGAAGAUACAGGCGCUGAACCAUUAGUAUUGGGCAUCGCCUCUUUCUCAAAGAUGGGCUUGCUUGGAGCAUCAGUUCAAACAUUGUUAAUUUUUUACAUUUGGUGUGCAUCACUUGUUGGUCUUUAUUCUUUACCUGGUCUUGGUUGUCUCCGACCCAUUGCAGGUCAGACUCCUUUCUUCAAGAUAAUGCUAAAUUGCCUUUUGGUAUUGAUAUUAAGUUCAGCGUUGCCAAUAUUUUUUCGGACGGUUGGCAUCACCAAUUUCGAUCUUUUCGGCAGUUUCGGACAAAUUGUUUGGAUACGAAAUUAUCAUCUAGUAUUGAGCUAUAAUGGCGCUUUUCUGGGUGCUCUCACUCUAUGUCUUUGUCAUAGUAUAGUGUGGAAGUUGAGCAAAGAAUUCUUCUACCGUUGUCAUCGACUUUAUUGCUAUUUAAACGAAUCGAUCAAAUCUUUCACAAAACAAUUUAACCGCUUUAAAACAUUCUGUGAAAUUGGUCGCAUUCCUUGGAAUCGUCAUCAUCAAGAACAAAACUCUAUCAAUCAUCCAAAUCCUGAAUCGCCAUCUUCAUCGAAUGGUCGAAUCAAGUCUUUCUAUUUUUCACUUCGUAAUAUUUUUAGCAUUGUAUUUACAUAUUUAGUAUCAUUACUACAGCUACGUAAAACAAUACAUUCAACAGCCACUUCGCCGAUGACAAUCGGAAAGAAAUUGUCCUAACUUUUUAUCUCUUGGAAUUCAUAUCUACCUACAUUCAAUUGCAACUAAGAUUUGAUUUUUUUUCUAUUUAGUCAUUAUUUCAUGUUAAACAUCCCGCCGAUCACAUUAUUCAUAUCUGGAAAU